GCACCUGGGUCAAUGAGGUCCGCCUCCAGCCUGGCGUCCAGUGGGAGCUCUCAGAUGGCGACACGCUGAUCUUCGGUGGUCAGUCGGCUCCAGGGAGCCCAGAGUUCUAUUUCCUCUUCCAGAAGGUCAAAGUUCGCCCGCUAGACUUCGAUGCCAUCACAAUUCCAAAGGCGGGCACCUUCUCCUCCGACUUGCAGAACCGGAUCAGGACCAAUCUGGACCGCAAGGUGGCCGCCAAACUGGACCUGUCCAAGCUGUCCAUCAACCGGGCCACCGUCAUCCUCAACUCCAUCGGCAGCCUGAGCAAGAUGAAGGGCAGCGCCUGGACCUUCAAGAGGAGCCUCAGCCACGAGGGAACCGCCUCGGACCCCGGCUCCUAUUCCUCGCCUCCUCUGGCCGUGGGCUUCUCCUCUCUGCUCCCUCCCUCCACACCUCCUCCAUUCUCCUCUGCAGCGUCAGUGCCUUCGACGAAGUCCCUGCAGUCGACCUCCAGGAGCAGGAGGAAGUCGGCUCACACGGUGCUCCUCGAGGACGACAGCUCAGACGAGCCCAGAAGUCGAGCGGUUCCAGCACGAGUUGUGGAGGAUGGACAGAGAGCGAGGGGGAAGAAGAGACGACGACUCUACAAGUCUGAGUCAGAGGGUUUCAGCUCCCCUCCUCCUCUGCCGCUGCAACCCAAGAGCCACAACGACGUCCGGCGACAUCUGGAGGCCAAACCCUUCCCCGUCGGCAUCAGGACCAUCGGCAGCUUCCACGGUGCCAUGACGAACAGCAGACUCAACCACCACCUCAUCAAGGCAGCGUUCGCCAAACCUGCUGUUCACAAGCAAGAAGUGCAGACCAUGCACCGGGUCCAGACGGUGAUGCACGGCAACAUCGCGACUUUCCGCCAACAGAAACCUGCACACAUUUCUCCGAUUGCGCAGAGAGGCAGGCGGAGGGCAAACAGCUCGCCGGUUUUCUCCCCUCUGGUGGUCGGAGGGGAGAACUACAACCUGGCCUCACCUUCAGUGAGGAUCCGCACAGAGGACCGAGGCAGGGUGCAGUUCAACAGAUUUCACCAUCCAGCAAACAAGCGCCGAGGCCGCCCCAGAAAACACCCACUCCCUCCCCGGCCUUCCCUGCCCUCUCCAUCCUCCUCGUCUUCCUCUUCCACCUCCUCGGCCUCCUCUUCCUCCGGCUCCUCUUCUUCCUCUUCUGAUGAUGAGGACGAUGAAGAGGAGGAAGAGGGGGAGGCGGCUGUCGGGGCGGUGGAGCCGUGCGCGGCGCCGCGGUGUCGGCUGCCCCAGCAGGACACGGUGCAGUGGAUCCAGUGCGAUGUGUGCGACGCCUGGUACCACAUAGACUGUCUGCACGUGGACCGCAAGAAGCUCCUGAAGGACCCCAACGCUGACUUCCACUGCGGGUGUCGCUGAUAUGAGAGAAGCCAAGUUUGUGACGCUGAAUGAAAUUAAAUUAAAUGAAAUGCUCCAGUUAAGACUUUCAAGUUGCCACAUUUUCCCUCCUUAAAUGUUUAUUUCCUUCAGCCACAUUUAAAAUCAACAGACUGUUCAUUGAAGACAGGCUUUUUCUUCUCCUAAUGGCCACUGAGCUGCUCUACUCAAGCAUGCACUGCUUUGCUCUUACCUCAACAGCAGCUGGCAAGGGCGAGGAAAGAGUUUCCUUCGAUUUUUACAUCUUGAUCUUCCCAGGUUUGAGGAUUUGUGAUCCAGCAGUCACACAGCUGCUUUGCAGAACUCUUGCUCACUCAGUUUCAGGGCUCAGGCUUUGGAGAAGGAGGCAAAACCGUAAUGAAAUGUCUUGGGUCGGAUUUCAUUAUGGCACUGACUGCCCGGAGAGGUGCAAACAGGGCGGGAAAACAUGAUGAAAUGUUUCUGAGUACACUCCCACCGCGGCUGACCAGGAGGCAGCAUUCAGGAAGAUUAAUGAAAUGUUUCAAAUCUAGUCUAUACAGGGCGAUAACACUCUCUCAGAUGUCUCAGUGCAGCCACCUUCUGUAGUUUAGCGAUCAGGCCAAUAUUUCAGGGCAGAACAAGACCUUCAAGUGAACAUUAACUGAUGGUUCGGAUGGCCAAAAAAGCUCUACCACCCCUCCCAAAAAUAAAUCAGCACUGGGCUGGUGUUUUCCCACCUCAGCGAUAAUAAAACUGGAUGAAAUGUUUCAGUGCAGCUUUCCUGGGUGGCAGCAGCUGUCUAGGAGUGGGCGUGUGAUGUUUCAAGACAAUUAAACGGCAAGAAAAUGUGUCAGCAGACUUCCGUUGUUGCUGCUGAUGAGCGGUGCUCUCGGGACGAUAAUCAAAUGUUUCACGGCACUUCAGCAGAAGCAGCUG